UGAGGGAACAGAGUGAAGACGAGUGUGUAGCGUAUCACUUUCAGUCUGCACGCCACAGCUUCUAGCGGAACGAAGCUGGCGGACCGGGCAGGAAGCUGGACAAGUAACUUAAAACAGGCUCUCGAUGUGCUGCAGACAGGUGUUGGCAAUUGACCCGUGAAAACGAAGACCCUUUCAGUUUGAAAUUGGCAGCUGGGAUAAAAAAAAAAGGGGUUCCCGGAAGUGAUUUCAUUUCGCCUAUACAUGCACGGGUCGCUAGCGUCUAAAGAGACAUGUCUUCGAGACCGAAGAUAGCAAGUCGUCGAUGUGGUGACAAACGUCGUAAAUACAAUAAUGAGGUUCGGAAUAAUUUGUAGCAAAAGUAAAUGUUGCAGAUAGUUUAACUGUUCUAAACGAACGAAACUUUGCGCACGGAACGUUGGAGGCACGUUUUUAAUUGUUGUGAACUCUGCUAAGAAAGUUAUUAAAUAAAAGGCUAAAAUGGCCGUUCCAACGCCUAUCGUAGGAGACAGAGGUAACAAUUAGCUUCGAUAAAAGAGAAAAACACAAAGCCGUGGAGCCGGUGGAAUUGUGAGUCUUAUUCGCUCACUGCGUAAUGGCCCUAUUCGGAACGAUGUAGCCCGAUGGUUAGCGCAGCUAGAAGCAUUGACCCCUGACCAGCAUAGGAUUGCGCUGACCAACUUAAUAAUGACGCUAUCUGAAGAUCAUCUAGAACGCAUAGUGCAAGGGAUUAUGCCCGAGUUACGCAAGGAUAUAGUCACAACUCUGCCAGAACCUGCCUCACUCGCAGUACUCAACAGCCUAACUCCUGAUCAGCUCUUACGGGUGGGAAGUGUUUCGCGUGAAUGGCAAUUUAUAGCAUCGAGCAACUCGGUUUGGCAGGAGAAAUGCCAUGAAAUCGGCAUUCAACAGCUGCCUCCGGAUAUUGCUUCGAAUCGUCCGCUAGCGUGGAAAGAAGCUUACCUCGUACACCAUAUGAUUCCCGUCCGAACCUGGGCAAAAAGCAGGCCAGCUUCUAUGUGGGAGGUGCCAUGUCACGACAACGCAGGCGUAAUUUUUAUGGAACGUGCUGGUAAUCGCCUUAUAACAGUUGGCGAGGAUCAUACAGUUCAAUUUUUUGAUUUCGACAAUGGCGAUCUCGUAAACACGUUUCGAAGUCCCUGCCCACUUUUGACUCUGAAAAUUGAGGGAAACGUGGCCGUCACAGCCGGUAGCAACGGGAACGUUUUCAUAUUGAACAGCAACGACGGACAAUUGAUUGAUACGCUAACUGAAGAUUUCGCGACGAGCCAAGGAUUGGAAUUGCUACGUAACCGACUUGUGGUGUCAUCAACGGAUGGAACAAUAUACGUAUGGGAUGUCGUAACAAGGCAGUACGUCUAUACAGAGAAUCGCGGUACAAUGGUGAAGCUUCUGGCAGCUAAUGACCAAAUUAUUGCCACUGGUGAUUCGCAAGGCACAGUUACGAUCAGUUAUCCCAAUCAGCCCCAGCGUCCCGCAAGGACAAUCAAUGCUCACCGAGGGCCUGUGGCGGGGCUGAUAGUUUUUAACGGCUAUAUAUUGACGAUAAGUACAGACCUGAAAUGUUGCCUUUGGGACUCCGAAACACUCCAGCAGUCUCACGAACUUCAGCUCCCUUCAUGGAUUAGACUUGAAGACCCAGCGCGACCUGGUGUUCCAACCUUCUCUGUACACGGAAACCUUAUACUAUUAGUUUCUGAUCGCCGUUUUUGCCUGUGGAAUCCCCGGGACGGUAAAGUAGUGCACGACUUUAAAGGGCACUUAGAGAGCAUCCGGGAUGUUAAAUUCAAUUCACAUUCGGUCGUCAGCUCAUCAGCGGAUGGCUAUGUUAAGUUGUGGAACCGUCCCACAGGCAAUUUCAUCUAUGAUUUAAUCUGGCCAGAGCACGUCGAACGAAGAACCAGACAUCUUCCUGGCUUCGAUACGUGUUAUCGAAUUUAUGUUGAUGAUAGAAAACUCGUAGUUUCUGGGCACAGACAAAGGCGCACUUGUUUAUUGUUCGUAAACUUCGUACCGCCGCCAGAAGUGCUUCAAAGGCAGAGUUUUUUACUUGAAGAUAUUGAUGAGAAAGAGGAUGAGCUUGAGGUUCUGGAGUUUGGGCAGCCGAGGAUGUAACACUGGUUGACUUUCGAGGACGGUAUCGUAUUUGAUUAAUGCAGAGUUGGUAACGGACUGCGCCUUAGAAAGCGUUACGGUUGAGCCACGUCAUCAAAUGCUAGCAAAUACGGAAAUGGUACUAGCUAAUUUGAGGUGACAAAAAACCUUCGGAAUAAAUUGGCGGUAUGUGGGCGCGCGUAAUCAUCGACGGAUGGCAACAGAUGGCACAAGACAUUGGUUAUAAUAAUUACAAUAGUGAGCUAUAUAAGCUCGUCAUGGGCUAGCAGACUAUCAAUAGCAUUCUAUCCAAGACGUCGCUUGUCCUUUAUGUGUGUAUGAAGUACAUGAUAAUAACAGCAAUAGUAAUAACAAAUGCACAAAGCAUAAUUUAGAAUGUGUACAAUAUCGCAAGCAUAUUUAACUCACACAGAAUCAACUAUAGACCGAAGCGCUUGGCGUUUACAGUUUAAAAUAUGUUAAAAAUAUGACAAAUUGAAAAAUCAGUUCCUAACUUAUCGUAUAAAAAAGAUAAGUUAGGAUUUCCCUACACAAGCUGUCUCGGUAAUACUUCAAGUUUCACACUUUGACGUCAGAGACGGCGACUAUUAAUUGCAAAAUUCCUAUCACAACUAAUUCGAGACAACCCACCUUAAUUAAAAACUAAGAGAAAUUAAUAAUAAAUAAGCCAUUGAACACAACAAAUUCGUAACAAACUAUCCGGUAUAACGAAUUUUUCUUCUGAAGUGAUGACUGACAACGGGUUUGUGAUGGUGCAGUGGGUAACGUGUUCGAGACCCGAACUUCGAAACAGAUAAUGACGUAGGUUCGAAUCCGGCCGUAAAUGGAUUCCGUCUCAUGUUGACACUGCCAAAAAUUUUUAGAAGCCUGUGAGGACACCAUGCACGGGACGUUUCAUUAUGGCAUAUCAUCUGCUUUCCCAAUAAUAGCGUCUUUAAAUAGAGACAACUAGGCAACCCCAACCACAGGUCAACCAGUGUCAUCGAAUACUUUCGUACGACGAAUACGCCUUCACUGGGCGCCAGUGAGACCAUCAGUCGUUUUAUGUAAUAUGCAAUACAGGUCAGUCCGUUGUAAUUAUAACAGUAUACUGUACCUCAAAUAUUGCGUCACACCAACUACGCGAGAUACUGAUAUUCUGAUAGCUACGGAACAUUUAGUCAUUACUGCGAUAAUCGUUGAACCGCUGAAAACUCGGGCAGUGACAGGGAACAGCUUCUCAAGUGCGUCGGGUCG